AUGAAAAGACGGAAAUUUUGUCAGAGGGACGGAAUAGGUCUGCCCAAUGCUCAAGAAAUAAGAGCUCUAGAGGAAGGAGAAACCUACAAGUAUCUGGGGGUAUUGGAAGCAGAUGAAAUGAAGCGUGAAGCAAUAAAGGGGAACAUUCACACUGAAUACUUUACAAGGGUGCGAAGUAUCCUGAAAUCCAAAUUAUCAGGAGGAAAUGUCAUGAGGGCUACUAACUCGAGAGUGGUCUCCAUCAUCCGUUAUGGAGUAGGGAUUAUCAACUGGACUAAGGAGGAACUGAGAAAGAUGGAUAGGAAGACUAGGAAGUUGCUGACAAUCCAUAAUGCGAUGCAUCCACAAGCAGAUGUGGAUAGGUUAUAUAUGAAAAGGGCGGAAGGCGGGAGAGGUUUAAUAAGUCUGGAGGAAUGUGUUGAACUGGAAUGUGAAAGUCUUGCAAAGUACAUCCACAAAGCAAUGAGAUUUUGCUUGCAGCUGUUAAACGCGAGGGCGUGCUAA